GAGACACCAUGGGGUGCUGUAGUGGCAGGUGUACCUUGGCAUUCAUCUGUGGCAUGCAGCUGGUCAGUGUGUUGGAACGUCAGGUGAUCGAUUUCCUGGGCUACCAGUGGGCUCCCAUCUUGACCAACUUCCUCCACAUCAUCAUCGUCAUCCUGGGCCUGUUUGGCACGAUUCAGUUCAGGCCGAGAUACAUCACUGGGUAUGCAGCCUGGCUCGUAGCGUGGAUGACCUGGAAUGUUUUCAUCAUCUGUUUUUACCUGGAGGUUGGAGAUCUGUCCAGAGACUCUGACCUUGUCCUGACAUUUAACCUGUCCAUGCAUCGCUCCUGGUGGAUGGAGAACGGCCCGGGGUGCAAGGUGACACCUAUCACCCCUCCUCCGUCCUGGGCGCCCGAGGACCACCGAUAUAUAUCUAUAUCUGGCUGUCUGGUAGAUUUUCAGUUCAUAGAGGUCGCUCACUCCUCGCUGCAGAUACUCCUGGCUUUGAUGGGGUUUAUCUACGCCUGCUAUGUGGUCAAGCUUAUUUCUGAAGAAGAGGAUAGCUUUGAUUUUAUAGGAGGGUUCGACUCAUACGGCUACCAGGGGCCUCAGAAGACCUCCCACCUUCAACUACAGCCUAUGUACAUGUCAAAGUAAACCCAGGAUAUACUCCAGGAGAACUGCCUUACCAACCACAACUGCUUCACAUCCUGUUUUUUCUACUACUGUCCUUUCAUAAACAACGAUCAAGACACAGACACUUCGACUGGCUACAGAAGACACUAAGAUAAUUUGUGAUUUAAUCCCUGGUACCUGGUCACAAGCCUUCCCUGAGCUGCUGUUUUUUAAUCGGAGUUAGGUCUGUUCCUGAUGAAACACUGGCCUCUUGUGGUUGAACUUUUUAACUGCAAGACCUGUGUUUUUGUCUGAGGGACACAACCAGGAGCCAAUGACUUGCUUCCUCUUGUGCUGUUGGGUAUUUACACGGCAAAAGACACCACAGGGAUGCAAAGAGGCCACGACUCAUUGAUGAUGUGUUUCUUCAUGCUUCCAAUGAGAAUUCAUGGAUUUCUGCUGGCAGAGAAAUAUUAAAAGGGAGCCCCGUUUCUCCACGCUACUGCAGAAAUCAUGCUUUCUCACAUGUUGUAGUAUCUAACAGCUCUCAAGUGCAGACAUGCCUGACCAAAGAGUUUUAAAGAAAACCCCAGAGACACAUCCUGGGUACGCAGAAGAGCCUGUUUAACGCUCUCCGUAACUUUUUUCCUAAUAGAUUCGACAUUGGACUUCCAACCAAACUGACCAAGCAUCUCCUAACAACGUUACCAAUCAAGGAAUGUCAGACAUAAUUUUUCUAAGAUUACUUUUUGGUGCAAGAGCAAAGACAAAAGCUUGAUACAAGCCACAGCCAGGACUCGAGCACGAGUACACGCUACACAUUAUAGUCUGUUGUUUCAUCACAAACCCUGAAUGUUAAAUAAGAGUGUGAUAGAUUUACAUAUUAUCAUCACAUUUGUGCAUGUGUACAGGAAGCAGACACAUUCACAUACACAGUAAUGCAUAUGUGAAUACACACAUGCAUGCUCAUGCACACGAGUCUAACACAAGUACAACCAUUUAGCUUUUUCUGCUACUAAUGUGAAUCUUACUAAUGUUUACAAGAGAAAUUCUGGCCAUCAGACAGAAAGGCUGAACACUUGACUGACAGAUGCAACAGGUAGAUAGACAGGCAGACUGGGAGGCGGGCAGUUUCUUUGGUCUCUUGCUGAGGGAGACAGAGACAUAGAAAACAACUGAAGGGAUUGUGGGCCGGUCAGUUUCCCUUCCACCUCAGUCCUCUUGUAGACACGUAGACAAGUUUUCACCUCUUUUUUAAUAAAAAGAAAAAUGUUGGAAGCCAGAUAAAGUGCCCAAUUAGCCUUAUCAUCUGCAGAACCCAACUCUGCUUAAUAACAGAAAUAGCUCAAAAGCAGCCACAGGCAGCGCUUACAUAGAGAGAUAAGACGCUCCCUUUACAGAAAUGACAAUCACACUCAAAGUGGCCUGAAUCUUGUUGUGGAUUGGCAUUUUUGUAUCAUAAAAUAUGUGAAAAAAAAAAGCUGGAAAAAUGGCUGUUAUCAUCAUGUGACAACGGCGAAGUCAAUUCCUUCGGUUUCGAGUUGAGUUUUGCUGUUCCAAAAGACAAAAGAUUAAUGAAAGACAGAGCAGGGAAACAACAGACUGAUACUGCACGUGUCCACCCUCGCCUGCAGACUGACGAGGACCAAAAUGAUACCGGAGAGACGCAAGAGACUCAGCAGCUCCCCCCCGUCACCUCACUACUCAAACUUUAAUGUUGAGUGUGCCAACUGUAUUGCGGGCAUCUGAGGAGCCUAGUUUUGGACAAACUGGGAUCAAAAAGAAUGGGUCUCAUGUUCACGUUGUUUGGGUUUUCCAUGUAAGAAAAAGAUCGAGGAUAUCGAAGAUUUAAAAAAAAAAAAUCACUCUGCAUUCCAGACUGCCGCAGGUCACGUUUUCUUCUGUUCAUAAAAGUCCACUGAGUCCUUCUGUAAAUGGGACUAAACAUAUUGCAUUUAUGUUGCAGUCACUUUACCAAGUGUUUGAGGCCUUCUCCACCUGCAAAGGAAGACUUCUGGGGUUAAAACAGUGACGUCUCUCCACAUCAGGAUGGGCUAACAGGCCAUUUCCCUCUACAAAAUGAUCUCAAAGUCCACCCUCCACCUCCCUCUGCCAGUUAUCUUCAACAGUUUAUCUGUUUUUCAACAAAACUCUGUGGGUUGCGAUCAGAGUCGCUGCUCUGUGAGGCCCCACUGACAGUCACUCUGAAGGACAGAAACAGCAUUUUGUGUGUUUGCAUGAGGUGUUUCCAAACUGCUGCAUAGUUAAUCCCACUCUGCGUGUACUAACUAGCUACUUAAAGGGAACUGUUCGGCGUGUUGAAUGCUCCUCAACUUUCUUCAAAGGGUCAUAAAUGUGAACUUUGUGAUUUUUCUAUAAAUAAAAGUCUGAAAUGUCUGCAGAGUCAAGGAGAAAAUAGCUACUGCAAUGUAAAACCCUGAAAUGUAACUUUGAACUUUAGACGUUUUUUAACCAUGUGGCCGUGUUUACUGUUUUUUCUAGUUGACUAUUAAUGUAUGAUGUUGUGUACAAGUGGGACUACUAUGUUUUAUUUUUCUUCUAAUUGUACAGUGUAUUUGAAAUGAGAGUAAGGGGCGAAUGGGAGGGAAGAAUUAGUUGCACUAUAGUCUACACUGUAAUUCUUUCAGUCAAUGUUCUGUCAAGGCUCAAAUUUCACUUUCACUUCAGCACAUAAUUAACUUUACAUUAUUAAUUUAUAUUUGAAUUGUCAAAAAACACCGCACUGAUUUUUAAUAAACAAAAUAACUGCAGGUAUAGUGUUUUUUUGGAAAAUUCUAAUCCGAAAGUCUGGGGAGAGUCUUAUAGCCAUUAUUUAGAUUUUUAAUAGCAAGCAACUGUUGGUUGUGUCUCUAGGAAGCAACACUGUUUGAACUGAAAGUGAAUUUAUUUUUUAAUCACUUUGUAAUCAUGGAGUAGAUCAAUUUAAUAUUACCUGGCAGUGUGGAACCAAAAUCAACCUAAUAUUGAUCUGGCAGAUUUAGUAGAGUGAAGCAAAUAUUCUGUACACUGAAUCAGAAAGGAGUGUGACCCAAAUGUGUGUGUGUGUGUGUGUGUGUGUGUGUGACAGAGAGAGAGAGAGAGACUUUGUACUGCAGUACAUUGUUUUCUGUGUCAUGGUGAACUGAACAUCUCACAACCCAGAACCUACAAAGCCACAGCUCAACACUGAAAUCAACACAAUUUUAAACUAAAGGAAAAAUUCAGUGAAGUGCAUUAAUGAACAGCAACAACAGUAAGAAUAUAUUUUAAUGUAAUACUUAAGAUAGUAUCUACAUACAGUCCAUUAUUUAUCUUCAGAGUUGCUUGAACUCUUUUAGACUUUGGAAAAGUAAAUAGAUCUUUGCCGAUACAUUUAAUUGUUCUUAGACAGCUAAACUUUUGCAGAAAAAGCUGAAGCUAAACCAAUCAUUUAGUUGAACGGCAUUAAAAAGCAUUCAGUCGAGCCAUUGUACAGGUCUGAAGCUGUGCUGAAAGUUACAAAUUCGCUCUUAAAACAUAACUACUCAGUUCUGAUGCCUGACAACUGUAGCAGUUAUAGUUAUUAACAAAAUGUAAGUGCAUGUUAAAGAAAGAAAGAAAAAGUCUGGAUAGUUUUUCACAGCAAAAGAAAAUGUGCAUUCGAUAAUCAAAAGUCUGCAUUGUCAGCUGGAUUGAAACUAGUUUGAUUGUUUUAACAGUUUAUAGACCUCAAAAACUUGGGUUCAACUCCAAAGUAUUUAAAUAUUUAUGACAAAAUAAUCAAUCAAUUUAAAGAGAAAAACCAUAUUUCCUAUAAUUUAUUAAGGGUUUAACACUCAGAAAUCAAACUCAAGGCUGAGUGUGGUUUGAUCGUGUUUCUCUGUGGCUCUGGGUUGUUUUGGUCCUGUUCACCACUGACUCUUUUUGUGAUGGGUUCCCACAGGUGACUGGCUGUAUAUAAACUAGACAGUUGGGAAUAAAGUAGACAGUGGAGAAGAAAAGUCUAGAUUUUGUCCUGUGUUC